CGCGCGUACGCGUUCCGGUGGCUGUUUACCGCUGCUUGCCGCGGAGCCGCGUCUCUGCUGUAGGGGGGAAGCACCGAUGGGACUGGUCCGAGAUGGCCGGCCACUGCUGGCGGCUCUCCUGCUCGUCGGAGUAGGAGGAUGAACCGUCACAAGACAGCAGGGCCCGAUGGAGUACAUGGUAAGACUCUGAAAACCUGUGCCAAUCAUCUGACGGGAAUAUUCAAAGUCAUUUUCAAUAUCUUACUGCUACAGUUGGAAGUUCCCACCUGUUUCUAAAGGGCAACAAUCAUACUAGUGCCCAAGAAGAGCAGAGUGAGCUGCCUUAAUGACCAUCAUCCAGCAGCACUCACAUUUACAGUAAUGAAAUACUUUGGUCGUGGCCAGAAUCAACACCUGAAACCUGGACGCACUACAAUUUUCCAAUCGCAACAAUAGGUCUACAGCAGACGCCAUCUCAGUGGCUUUCCACACAGCCUUGGAUCACCUGGACAAAACAAAUACCAGUGUUAGGAUGCUGUUUAUUGACUGUAACUCUGCAUUUAACGCCAUCUGCAGUGGUGAUGGAACAGUUACAGAACCUACAGGCCUCUUUACCUCCCUCUGUAACUGGAUCCUCAACUUCCUAACCAGAAGUUAGGAAAUGGAAAUAACAUCUCCACCUCACUGGCAAUUACACUGGCAUUCAACAGGGAUGUGUGCUUAGCCCACUGCACUACACUCCACACCCAUGUCUGUGUGGCUACGCAUAGCUGAAACUGCAUCUAUAAAUUUAGACCAUAUGAGAUAGGAGCAGAAUUAGGCCAUUCAGCGCAUUGAGUCUGCUCAGACAUUGCUAAUCCUGGAUCCCACUCAACACCAUAUAUCUACUUUUUUGCCAUAUCCUUUGAUGCUCUGACCAAUCAGGAAUCUAUGAACUUCUGCCUUGAAUAUACCCACAGACUUGGCAUCUACCGCAGUCUGUGGUAGAGCAUUCCACAGAUUGACUAUUUUCUGGCUAAAAAAACUCCUCCUUACCUCCAGUGUCCCUGACAACGACACCUACAAGAAGCGCAUCCAGCUGCUGCUCCUAACAAACCGCAUUAGGGAACUGGAGCAGGAGCUGGAUCACCUCCGGAUCAUUCGGGAGAAUGAGGUGUUAAUAGAUAGUCGUUUCAGGGAGGUAGAUACGCCAAAGGUGCAGGGCACAGGUAAUUGGGUUACCGUCAGGUGAGGGAAGGGCAGGCAGAGCAGGGCUCCCCUGUGGCCAUUCCCAUCAACAGGUAUACCGAUUUGGAUACUGUUGGGGUGGAUGACUUACUUGGGACAAGCUGCAGCAGCCGGAUCUCUGGCACUAAGUCUGGUUCUGCAGUGCAGAAGGGAGGGAGGAAGAAGAGGAGAGCAGUAGUGAUAGGGGACUCCAUAGUCAGGGGUACAGACAGGUGAUUCUGUGGUCAUGACAGAGACUCCCGGAUGGUUUGUUGCCUCCCGGGUGCCAGGGUCAGGGAUGUCUCUAAUCGUGUGCACAGCAUUCUGAGGUGGGAGGGUGAUCAGCCAGAUGUCAAGGUACAUAUCGGUACCAAUGACGUAGGAAGAAAGAGUGAGGAGGUCCUGAAGAGUGAGUACAGAGAGCUUGGUAGGAAGUUAAAAAGCAGGACCUCGAGGGUAGUAAUCUCCAGAUUGCUGCCUGUGCCACGUGACAGUGAGGGUAAGUGCAGGAUGCUCUGGAGGAUGAACACAUGGCUGAGGAUCUGGUGUAGGGGGCAGGUUUCAGAUUUUUGGAUCAUUGGGACCUCUUCUGGGGCAGGUGGGACCUGUACAAGAGAGACAGGUUACGCCUGAACUACAGGGGGACCAAUAUCCUUGCAGGAAGAUUUGCUAGUGCUAUUGGGGAGGGUUUAAACUAGAUUUUCAGGGAGAUGGGAACCAGAGUGCCAGAACAGAUAGUGCAGUGGGGGUGAAAAUAAAUGACAUUAGAAGUUCAUGCAAAGUCAGAAAUAGAAGGGUUGUGUAUGGUGGUAAUAAUCUUCUGAGGUGUGUCUAUUUCAAGGCGACGAGUAUUGUGGGGAAGGCUGAUGAGCUGAGGGUGUGGAUAGCACCAUAGAACAUUACAGCACAGAAACAGGCCUUCUUGGCUGUGCCAAACCAUUUUUCUGCCUAGUCCCACUGACCUGCACCUGGACCAUAUCCCUCCAAACCCCUCUCAUCCAUAUACCUGUUCAAAUUUUUCUUAAAUGUUAAAAGUGAGCCCCUAGAAACAUGGAUUGACAUGUGGAAUUAUAACAUCACAGCCAUUACUGAAACUUGGCUACAGGAGGGGCAGGACUGGCAGCUCAAUGUUCCAGGGUUCCGAUGUUUCAGACGUGAUAGAGGCAGAGGGAUGAAGGGUGGGGGUUGGCUUUGCUAGUCAGGGAAAAUGUUACAGCAGUGCUCAGGCAGGACAGAUUAGCGGGCUCGUCUACCGAAGCCAUAUGGGUGGAGCUGAGAAACAGGAAAAGUAUGACCACAUUAAUGGGGGUUGCAUUAUCAACCACCCAAUAGUCAGUGAGAAUUGGAGGAGCAAAUCUGCAGAGAGAUAACAGGCAACUGCAGGAAACAUAAAGUUGUGAUAGUUGGGGAUUUUAAUUUUCCACAUAUUGAUUGGGACUCCCAUACUGUUAAAGGUCUAGACGUGUUAGAGUUUGUAAAAUGUGUUCAGGAAAGUUUUCUAAAUCAAUAUAUAGAGGCACCAACUAGACAGGAUGCAAUAUUAGAUCCAUUAGGAAACGAGUUAGGACAAGUGACGGAAGUGUGUGUAGGGGUACACUUUGGGCCCAGUGAUCAUAACACCAUUAGUUUCAACGGUCAUGGAUAAAGAUAGAUCUAGUCUUCCACUUAAGGUACUAAACUGGAAUAAGGCCAAAUUUGAAGAAAUGAGAAAGGAUCUAAAAAGUGUGGAUUGGGACAGGUUGUUCUCUCGCAAGGAUGUGAUUGGUAAGCGGGAGGCCUUCAAAGGAGAAAUUUUGAGAAUGCAGAGUUUGUAUGUUCCUGUCAGGGUUAAAGGCUAAGUGAAUAAGAAUAAGGAACCUUGGUUUUCAAGGGAUAUUGGAAAUCUGAUAAAGAAGAGAGAGAAAGAUGUAUGACAGGUAUAACAACAAGGAGCAAAUAAGGUGCUUGAGGAGUAUAAAAAGUGCAAGAAAAUGAGGUUGCUUUGGCAGUCAAGGUGAAGGAUUUUCCUAAGAGCUUCUACAGGUACAUUAAGAGCAAGAGGUAGUAAGGGAUAAAAUUGGUCCUCUUAAAGAUCAGAUUGAUGGGCUAUGUAUGGAACCAAAAGAAAUGGGGGAGAUCUUAAAUUUUUUUUUGCAUCUGUAUUGACUAAGGAAAUUGGAACUGAGUCUAUGGAAACAAGGCAAACAAGUAGUGAGGUCAUAGAACCUAUACAGAUUAAAGAGGAGAAAGUGUUUGCUAUCUUGAAGCAGAUCAGAGUAGAUAAAUCCCCAGGACCUGAUAGAGUAUUCCCUCGGACCUUGAAGGAGACUAGUGUUGAAAUUGCAGGGUCCCUGGCAGAUAUAUUUAAAAUGUCAGUAUCUACGGGUGAGGUGCCAGAGGAUUGGAGGAUAAUUCGUGUUGUUCCGUUGUUUAAAAAAGGCUCUAAAAGUAAUCCAGGAAAUUAUAGGCCAGUAAGUUUGACAUUACUAGUAGGUAAAUUUUUGGAAGGAGUACUAAGAGAUAGGAUCUACAAGUAUUUGGAUAGACAUGGACUUAUUAGGGAGAGUCAACAUGGCUUUGUGCGUGGUAGGUCAUGUUUAACCAAUCUAUUAGAGUUUUUCGAGGAGGUUACCAGGAAAGUGGAUGAAGGGAAGGCAGUGGAUGUUGUCUACAUGGACUUCAGUAAGGCCUUCUACCAAGUCCCGCAUGGGAAGUUAAUUCGGAAGAUUCAGUUGCUAGGUAUACAUGGUAAGGUAGUAAAUUGGAUUAGGCAUUGGCUCAAUGGAAGAAGCCAGAGAGUGGUUGUGGAGGAUUGCUACUCUGAGUGGAGGCCUGUGACUGGAGGUGUACCACAGGGAUCAGUGCUGGGUCCAUUGUUAUUUGUCAUCUCUAUCAAUGAUCUGGGUGAUAAUGUGGUAAAUUGGAUCAGCAAAUUUGCUGAUGAUACAAAGAUUGGAGAUGUAGUGGACAGUGAGGAAGGUUUUCAAAGCUUGCAGAGGGAUUUGGACCAGCUGGAAGAAUGAGCUAACAAAUGGCAGAUGGAGCUUAACACAGACAAGUGUGAGCUAUUACACUUUGAAACGACAAACCAAGGUUGAACAUACAAGGUAAAUGGUAGAACAUUGAGGAGCGCAGUAGAACAGAGGGAUCUGGGAAUACAAUACCUAAUUCCCUAAAAGUGGAGUCACAGGGUCGUAAAGAGAGCUUUUGGUACAUUGGCCUUUAUAAAUCAAAGUAUUGAGUUUAAGAGUUGGAAUGUAAUGGUGAGGUUGUAUAAGACAUUGGUGAGACCGAAUUUGGAGUAUUGUGUGCAGUUUUGGUCACCUAAUUACAGGAAGAAUAUUAAGAAGGUUGAAAGAGUGCAGAGAAGGUUUACAAGGAUGUUACAGGGACUUGAGAAACUGAGUUACAGAGAAAGGUUGAAUAGGUUAGGACUUUUUUCCCUGGACCGUAGAAGAAUGAGGGGAGACUUAAUAGAGGUGUAUAAAAUUAUGAUGGGUAUAGAUAGGGUGAAUGCAAAAAGACUUUUUCCACUGAGGCCAGGGGAGAAUAAAACCAGAGGACAUGGAUUAAGGGUGAAAAGGGAAAAGU